AUCGCAUGCAUGUGGCUUUUGUGAAGAUCGUUAUGGUAACCAAGAUCAUCCGAGUUACAAGCUAUGGGCCUCGGGCCGGUUUAAUGUUUAUUAGUUUUUUUGUUUAUUUAGUAAUGGGUCAAACAAUUGUUUAUGUUAUGUUUAUAUUUGGGUAGUAGGCCACAUGAACGGGUCAAACUAGUAUGUUAUGUCUAGUCCAGUAGUUAGCGGUUAACACAAGGAAUUUGGGCCGGAGUUUAUGAAACGUCACGUCCCCUUAUCAGCGAAUAACCACCGGGCGGUUAUUUUGGAACAUCACAACCGUUUGUGAAACGGUGUGACUGGGAAACGACGUGCCCAUUCAUUCCUAUAAAAGCCGGCUGCCAAACUUCCUUGUCAUUCGGUCAGUUAGUUCGUUUGUAAUCAGAACGUGGUUUACAUUCAGUUAUCAUAUUCAAAGUUCAAGUGUCAAUCAGUUUCAAUUCGGUUAGUGUGUUUUUUGCAAAUCAGUUUUUCGUUUCAAUUCAUAAUCAUGAACAUGUGUGAUUGUUGUGGGUUGUUCGUAAAUGAUUGUGUUUGUGGUCACAAGACCAUCCGUUCCGAUUGGUCCUGGGUUUCCGAUGACGAUGAUACCAACAUUGGUAUCAGAGCCAAAGGUUUAACAGGAAGCGGAAGGGAUUAUGAUCAAGGAGAAAACCGAGUUCGUGGAAACAAAGGGAAAUCGGUUAUGACCGAUUAUGGUGAAGAUGUGUUUGUUCGUAGUGGAGAGUGCGGCCGGGCGGCGGAAGCGGAUGAGUACGCGCAGGGGAAGCCAACCAUGCGGACCGGGGUAUCACCAAUGAAAAAGUUUCCAAAGAAGGUAUUCCAAAAGGGUUUCACGAAGAAGUACGGGAAGAAACCUAAUGCACCAGUGGGUAGGCCAAGAAAACCGGGGGUUCGGUGUUUCAAGUGCAAGAAGUUUGGCCACAUCGCGUCAAUUUGCCCUAGUAAGUAUAUCAUAUUAUCACCAUUACCAGUCGAGUGUGAUUAUAUUGUAAAGGAUACUUGCGGGGGUAAAUGGGAUUCAAUCUGGGUUGUGGAUCCCACGUUUAAGACGCACAUGACGGGAAACCGUAAUUUGUUCAAGUGUUUCAAGAGACACUUCGGGGUUGUAACGAAUGAAAGCAAGAAAGACGUUUCGUUUGUUCAUGGAAUUGGUGAAGUAAGAGUGCCGGUGGACGGCAAGGAUAAGACAAUCCCGUGUGUUAGUUACGCACCAAAACUUGACAGGAAUGUUCUAAGUUUGGAACAACUCCUGUUUCAAGGGAUUGAGACGGUUACUAUGGGUGAGAAGUGCGUAUUGAAGAAGAUGUUCGGUUGUCGAUCAAAGGGGUUGGACAUAUACGAAGAUAAGUCGGAAACUGAUCUGGAACAAGAUUAUCUUAACACUUUCUACGAUAAUCUUGGGGUCGAUAAUGGGUACAAGAAAGAGAAAGAAGAGUUUCAAGAGUGUCUGGGGGAUUAUUAUGAACGAGAAUUCGAGAAGUCGAAAAAUAAAAAGAAAGUGUACGAUGAACGCCCAAACGCUAGGAAGGUUGUGUACUCGAAGAAAGCAAAGAAGGCUUUAUUGAUCUACAUCGAAGGCGAGAAGGAUAAUCCACGCCAAUCAAGGCAAAUGCUUCGGGAACGGGCAAUAACUCUCUCUCAACUCGAGGAGGACGUUGUUGAAAGGGGGUUAAUCAUGGAAAGUUGCAUUGAACCAGGGGAUCUUAUCACACUACACGAAGAAAUCAAGAAGCACCCAAGAUUCUUCGACGCACCAUUCGAGGAAGUUUUAGUUUGGUUCAUCACGGACUUUCUAGGGAUUGUUUGUGAAAAAGCAAUGCCGCCGGAGUUAAUUGAUGGACGUGAUCUUAGCCUCAUACUACUACACCGCAUCGUGAAGCACAACGGUGGGUUUGAUGAAAUAAUGAAGAAAGACAUGUGGGGCGAGAUAUCGGUGAAAUAUGGCUACGAAGCGGAUGACGCUUACGAGAUGAAGGUCGCCUUCAUUUAUUAUCUAGAGUUGGUCGAAUGGUAUUUUGAUUACAUCAAGAAGGAGCGUGCAAGAGAGAAAGUUGGCAUGGCCGAAAGCUCAAGCAAUUGCGGAUGGAUCGAUGAUUCAAGCGACGAUGACAUGGUGGUCAAGAUCGAGGUCACCAACAACCGCAAGGAGUGAUCGUGAUCGAAGGGCUCGGAUGUUCUUGCUUAAGGGGGAGAAUGAAGAUCGUUAUGGUAACCAAGAUCAUCCGAGUUACAAGCUAUGGGCCUCGGGCCGGUUUAAUGUUUAUUAGUUUUUUUGUUUAUUUAGUAAUGGGUCAAACAAUUGUUUAUGUUAUGUUUAUAUUUGGGCCGUAGGCCACAUGAACGGGUCAAACUAGUAUGUUAUGUCUAGUCCAGUAGUUAGCGGUUAACACAAGGAAUUUGGGCCGGAGUUUAUGAAACGUCACGUCCCCUUAUCAGCGAAUAACCACCGGGCGGUUAUUUUGGAACAUCACAACCGUUUGUGAAACGGUGUGACUGGGAAACGGCGUGCCCAUUCAUUCCUAUAAAAGCCGGCUGCCAAACUUCCUUGUCAUUCGGUCAGUUAGUUCGUUUGUAAUCAGAACGUGGUUUACAUUCAGUUAUCAUAUUCAAAGUUCAAGUGUCAAUCAGUUUCAAUUCGGUUAGUGUGUUUUUUGCAAAUCAGUUUUUCGUUUCAAUUCAUAAUCAUGAACAUGUGUGAUUGUUGUGGGUUGUUCGUAAAUGAUUGUGUUUGUGGUCACAAGACCAUCCGUUCCGAUUGGUCCUGGGUUUCCGAUGACGAUGAUACCAACAUUUUGUCCCCAUGCCCAUGCUUUCCUUUCAUCAAAUUUCACAUCACCUUCCCCUGCUAUAAUUACCCUUUUAUCUCUUGGAUCAUAUAACUUAAAACCCAAUGUUCCAUGCUCAACACCCAAGUACACUAAAGGUCUGCUUCUAUCUUCAAGUUUACUUUUAUGACCCUUUAAUUUUAUCGCAAACCCAACACAACCAAAGACCCUUAAAUAGCAUGUGUUCGGCUUUUUUCCCUUCCACUUUUCAAAUGGUGUUGCAUCUUUUACAGCUUUAGUAAGCACCAUAUUUAAUACAUAAACAGCAUGACUCACAGCCUCCCCCCAAAACAUAUCAGGCACCUCCAUUGCUUUUAACAUUGCCCUUGUCAUACCCAUAACAAUUCUAUUCCUGCGCUCCACAACACCAUUUUGUUGUGGAGUGUAGGGUACUGUUUUUUGUCUCCUUAUUCCGUUUUCUUUGCAAAACUCAUCAAAGGCUUGAGAAUUUAACUCACCACCCCUAUCGGUUCUUAACAACUUAAUUUCAAACUCACUUUCCUUUUCAACUUGAGUUUUGAAAAACUUAAAUUUAGACAAAGCUUCAUCUUUUGAUCUAAGUAAAUAUACCCACAUAUAUCUACUAUAAUCGUCUACGAUUAACAUAAAGUAAUGGUUACCUCCUACCGAUUUCGGUGUGAUAGAGAUCAGCAUGCAAAAGUUCCAGUGGCCUUGUAGCCCUCCAAAGUGCCUUGUUUGGGAAGCUUCCUCUAGCUUGCUUAGCUAUAAGACAUCCUUCACACAACUGAUUUGGAUGAGUUAUUAUUGGCAACCCAUUCACGUGGCCCUUUUUACCCAUCUGUUCCAACAGUUGAAAGUUUGCAUGUGCAAACCUUGCAUGCCACAACCAUGCAUCUUCUUCAACUUUUGUAGCCAAACAAAUGGGUUUAGUGUGUUGUAACACUAUCUUAUACAACCGAUUCUUUGACCUUUGCACCUUCAUCACAAGUUUACCUUCCACAUCUCUAACUUUAAGAAAUUCAUUCCUCAUGGAUAUGUCAUAUCCAUCUUCCGUCAUCUGCCCUAGACUUAGGAUGUUGCUUGUUAAAGCCGGAAUGAAAUAUACUUGUGGAAUCAUUAACUGAUCUCCAUUCUUACAUUGAAAUAGUAGAGUACCUUUCCCUUUUAUUUCUACCUUUGAACCGUCUCCGAAACGUACAUGACCCGUUACAUUCGUAUUUAAUUCGGCGAAGAACUCCUUCUCCCCCGUCAUAUGAUUGCUCGCUCCAUUGUCGAGGUACCACAAGUUUUUGCUUUGAUCGCCCUGAUCUUCACACUGCAAAAACACCUUUUGUUCAUCCAAAGAUACAACCGUAACAGUUUGUUCUCCAACUACGGUUAACAACAAAGACGGUUCAUCGUCAUUCUCUUUCGUCAAACGCGCCUCUUGUUCUUGUUUCUUCCCAGCUUUGCACUCCGAUGCGUAAUGACCCAUUUGUUGACACUCAAAACAUCUUACUUGGCUCUUGUCUCGCGGCUUUCUCGUUUGAUUGUUAGCCUCUUGUGAAGACUUAUUCCAGCUUUUCUCGCCUCUUCCACGACCACCACGACCACCUCUGGAUCCAUAUCUUCCACCUCGUGUAUUUGAACCUCCACGAUUUUGAUUCCACCUGUGACCGCUUUUAAUGUUACUCGAACUUUCUGUUUUGGCGAACAUCAACGUACUAUCGCCAUUUGAAGCAUUCCCUUGUCGCAGCUUCAGUCUGUCUUCAAAGGCCUUCAACCUAGCGAUGGCCUCUUCGAACGGCAUGUUUUCGAUGUCCGAGUAUUGCUCCAUCGAAGCUACCAAGUGUAUGUAGCGAUCCGUCACGGUGUCUAGGAACUUACGAACAACUUCCUCAUCCUUCAAAAUGGCUCCCACGCUACUAUAUUUCGAUAUCAUCGCCGACAAUUUACCCGCAUAUUCAUCUAUGGACUCCCCGUCCUUCAUCCGGAGUGACUCGAACUCGCUCUUCAACGUGUGUAGCCUUGCCUUCUGCACCCUUUCUGCUCCCACGAAUCUCGUUUUCAAUGACUCCCAUACCUCCUUUGCGGUUUUCUUCUUUGCAACCUGCAUCAAGAUCUCUUCGGGUAUGGCCUGAAAGAUGAACGCAUGCGCCGUCUUGCUCUUUUUCUCGUCUACAACCACACCGGUUGCAGGUUCUAUGGAUUCCCAAAGCCCUUGGGCAUCCGGUACGGCUUCCAUCUUAAUCGCCCAGGUCAUGUAAUUAGUUGCAGUGAGUACCGGGCAUUGAAACGGGAAUGGGUUCUCUUUUGGGGCUGGGUUUGAGGUGUUCGCAACUGUGCCUGUCAUAUCUUGUAGUCGGAGUAUUUUUGGCAUGAACCAGGAUCAAAAAAAACGUGGAGCUCUGAUACCAAAUGUUGGUAUCAAAGAGGUAAAAACAAGCUGAGAAAAAGAACAGUGAACAAAACAAACAUGAAGAACCGAAAGCUUUUAUUAAUAAACAGUUGGCGCAGAUUACAAGAGAGAAUGAUAUUGUUUUUUCGACUGAUUCUACUCUGCACAUUCUUGCCUUAUUUAUACUAAAAAACAAAAUAGAAUAUUCGUUGAAAUAUGCGGUUCCUUCCUUCAGAAUCUGAACAGAAUGCAACGUUCAGAAUAUGACUUUUUCACCCAGCAUCAACGUCUCUUUCCUUGUAUCUCGGUCAACACUAACCAACACAUUUCUCAAUUAAUCCAAAUUAACUUCGUUUCUAAGGAAUAGCUUGGUGGUAAAGUAUAGUAUUCCUCAAACAAAUGGUUGUGGGUUCAAAUCCUGCAACAGGCAGGUUUGAUGUAAAUUUAGCCGUUAAAAAAAAUCAAAAGUAACUUCCUCAGUAGUAGUAGUAGUAGUAGUAGUCGUUGCAGGAUGGAGGUUGUGGCGGUGGGGCGGCGUUCGAGCGAUGAUAGCAAGUGGUGACCAAGUCUUUGUAUGGUGUUAAAAGUCUAAAGAUUACUUGUUCCCUUGAAUAAAACAUAACCAUGAGUGGUGACCAAGUCUUUUUAGUCAUUUCUUGUAAUGAGAAUUAACGUAGCAUGGCACUCACCAAAGAAGCCUUCAAGUAACACGUUAUUAAUAACGCGUAAUCAAUACAUUUAUACACCAAGUCACUAAUCCCCCUUCUUCUAUAUAUACACGUCACAUAUUUCAAUCCAAAAACACAUACAAUUAUACACAAAAUCACAUUCUUUGCAUACAAAACACACACACACAAAUAGUAGAAGAUGGGUGACUUGGGAAAGCAACCGAUCGGCACCAGAGGUGGCUGUCGUCGAAAGGCCGUUGGGCCUUCGUUUGACAAGCUUCCAGCGAGCAGGUGGAAGAUUAAGAAACGAAUUCUCAAAGAACUGAUAUUUGGAGGCCGGAAACAAACAACCGAAGGCGGAGGUGGAGGUGAAGGUGGAGGCGCCGAACUUCCACCAAGCCGGUGGAAGAUCAAGAAGCGACUACUUAAAGAUCUGUUUUGGACCAACACUAGUGUUUAGUUUAUACUAACGUGUGGAGUUGGAGAAGGCUAUAAGGAUGUGAAAAUACUAGCAACACCAACAAGAUUGAAGUCGGGUAAAGUCGAAGGGAUCAACAGGGAGGUGCGGACGGUCUCAGGGGUGGCCAGGAGGAGAUCUAGAGUCAAGGGACUAAAGGGUUAAUAAUAAUUUCUAAUAUAUUAUUAUGGAGCUUUGUUCGUCUCGCAAGAUUAUGUUUCCUAGUUUAAAUUGUUUUUUCUUCCCCGAGUUGUUUACCUAUAUAUGGAGUUGUUAGGGUUGUUUGUUUUGAAUGCGCUUGUAAUUUCAUUUUACAUCAAUAAAAAGAGUCGAACUCGUCAAGUUCAGUUUGUGUGUUC